AUGUGUAAACCUCAUGUUACCCGGUGGUCACCCCUAUGUGCUUACCCGUCACCCCACCCAAUUCCCUGUUCCGGCGAUCAAGUGUGGCGAUGUUCCGAGGUGUACAACAACGAACACGGUAUCCAGAUCCACUUUCCGCUGGCGCUCUUCAAAAAACUCAAAGGCGAAUCCUUGACCUUGGCGGAUUUGCAAGAUGUGAAUCCCAAGGUUUGGAUGUCGAUGCAGCAGAUGUUGGCUUGGCAGCCGGCGAAUCCCGCCGACGCCAACCAGGAGUUUGAGGACACCUUUUGCCUCAGCUUCUCCGCUUCCUAUGACUACUUUGGUGAGCAUCGUGACGUCGACUUGAAGCCGGGUGGUGCUGACAUUUCAGUGACCUUUGACACGCGACAGGAGUAUGUGGAUCUCUAUUGCCAGUGGCUUCUGGAGACCUCCAUUGAACGGCACUUCAAACUCCUGGCACAGGGCUUUGAGAAGGUUGUUGACUCGGCGCUGUGGUCCUUUCUGACCGCUGAGGAGGCGCAUCUCAUCAUCUGCUGCGAGGUGGGCCUGGAGGCCUCGGAGCUGCGUCAGCUGGCGCACUAUGAAGGCUACGACAAAGAUGAUCCAUACAUCCAGGACUUCUGGAAGAUCCUGGAAUCCUUUGACAUCGAUCACCUGAAAAAGUUCUUGUCAUUUACUACUGGAACUGACCGUGCACCCCUGAGUGGCUUGAAGGAUGUCCGCUUAAUUGUGCAGAAGCACGGUGUGGAGCCGACGAAUCGAUUGCCCACAGCACAGACUUGCUUCAACUUGUUGUUGCUGCCGCGCUACGAGUCCGCGAAAAAGAUGGAGCAAUCCUUGCUUUUGGCCAUCGAAAAUUCUGAGGGCUUUGGUCUUCAAUGA